AUGUCGCAAGAGAAGGAAAUAGAGACGUCGCCAAACGUCGACAUGCAGGAUGCUGAUUCCUCGGGUCAAACCAAACGCAAGCGAUCCGAAAAAUCGUCAACACCCGUCACUCAAUUCACCAUUCGCAACCCGCCAUGGUCAUACAUCCAGCUAUCCCUGAUCACGAACACGCCAAAUUACCAACUAGACGCCCUGACCGCACACUUGCAUCUCAGAGCCGCUCUGUCACAAUUCUUAGGACUACACGGCACCGCUAUACCCAUCGACAUCCUCAAACUUCACGACAGCGACGUUCACAUUCGCGUACCAAGAGAAGAUGCUAGUGCGCUUGUCAUCGCCGUCGGAGGUUGGGUCGGUAAAACUGGCGAAGGCUGGAGGGUCAAGAACUCUGGAUGCUGGGGUGCUGGCCUGCAUUCAAGUGCAGGCGCAGACCUGUUCAAGUGA